AUCAGCUUCAAGGUCGAGGGCGAAGUCCAAGGUGUCAACUUCAGGAGCUUCACCGUCAAGCAAGCCAAAUCUCUGGGCAUCACUGGUCACGUCCAGAAUGCUUCUGACGGCAGCGGUGACAGCAGUUCUCUGAAAGAGUUUCAGCAACACCUAAACAAAGGUCCUUCGGCGGCUUCCGUGACCAAGCUCGAUGUCAACGAUAUCAAGACCAAGGAAGGCGAGAGCGACUUCACCCAAUAG